AUGGACGAUUCGACUCUCAAGUCGUUGUCGAUAGUACUCCCCACCACCAAAAGCGUUAUAAAAUUCGAGCCUGCCUUCUCUCCUACAGUGAAAAACUACACAGCUUACGUAGCAUCAGAUACGGAAGCAUUGCAAGUCCGCGCAAGCGCCAACGAGCCAGAUGCAUUUUGCCAGAUUCUCAAAGCAGAUGCCGCCCAAUCGGUUGCCAUCAAAGAAGGGACAAGUGACAUAGAGAUUAAAGUCGAUGCACCUGACGGUUCAUCCUCUCUUUAUGUUAUUCAAGUUUACAGACCAAGUGGUAGCGAUGCCACGCUGAAGUACAUAACUUUCUCCGCUGGUUCCCUCGUACCAGAGUUCCAUCGAUCAGAAACCACUUACCUUUUGCAUGUCGAUUCGUGCGUACGAUCUGUUCUCUGCUCCGCUACGCCACUGAAUCCAAAGUCAAAGGUUCAGCUCGACCCAGAGGCAAAGCUGUUCUUGGGGGACACCCCAAUUUCAAUUCAAGUGACAUCAGCUCAUGGAGACAACACUAAUACAUAUCAAAUCAUCGCUAGAAAAGAAAAGCAAGGAUCUCGUCCAGCAUUAGCUCCAGUCGCCAGCAUAUCCCGGGAGUCAAUAUGUUCUGCAUGCGGAUACCUUGUAUUUCGACCUCGUACAUGCAACGAGGUGGAUGAUAAGACGUGCGCACAUAGAUUCUGCUUCACUUGCCUAGACCUUUUGAAGCUAGAGUUCAACGCUGGGCAUCGAUCGGGGGAAUAUCCUUGCCCAUUGUGUCCUAGAACCGCUCAAAAGAUCUGGAGCAGUAACCCAUCAAUUGAUGUACCUAUGGAAGCUCAAUUAGCCGCAGUCCAAGUUGCAUGCCUGUUUGCAGCAUACGGAUGUGAGCAGCAACUGGACAUGAUGGGUGUAUAUGAUCACGCACAAUCGUGUACAUUUCAUCCCGUCUCGUGCUCAGAGUGCGAAAUGUCGAAUUGCGUCAAGCCUGUUGAAAUACUCGAUGGUAAACACAAGGAGGCAUGCACAACCUCAUGUGUAUGUGGACGCAAAAUUAGGGUGGCAGAUCGGCCCCGGCACAGUCAGAUGUGUCCAAGUAAAUUUGAACUGCCUUCAAAGACGGUAGUCACACAAUCGUCUUGGGAAUCCGCGUUGGUGCGGAGACAGAGAUCGCCAAAUGACUCGGCUGGGUGCAUUAAAGCUGCUGAGGAGAACAAAAAGAAUUAUUUGAGAAGCUUGAUCGCGGCUAAAGAAGCGGCAGCGACAGAAUCUUUCGGUCAGAGCCAGCAAAGGCCUGACAAUGACAUUUUAGAGGAAAUGGCAAAUCUAUAUGCGACAGCUAUUGCAUUGCAACAUGAAGCAUGCCUGGGUGGAGGGGCAGAUGAAAACUUGCACCUCAACUUGGGCCUGGUGCUCGAAGAGAGUUGUGCUUCCAAAGAAUUAUUCCCGAUAUCCGUUGCAACCGAAACAGGCCCGAGUGAAAAUGAUCUCGCUCAGGAAAGCUUCAUGGCAGAUGAAGUAGACGGCUUGCUUGAGCAACUCGGAAUUGCUCGUUCGGCUAGUGAUGCUGUUAAAAUUAGAGCCAUCGAAUCAGAGUAUCAGCGCCUCAAGGGAGAAGGGCUCUCAGACAAGGCCGCCGAAGUGCAGGGGCUGUAUGCCUGGAAGAUUAAGCAGGUCGCAGCCACAAGCGGGACUAGUGGCUGGAAUCAAGGACAUACGAAAAUUGGUAUUACUACAUAUUCAUCCAAUGUCUUGGAAAAGUUUCAGCAUGCCGUAGCUAUCAAUCCAGAAAAUCCAUACGCAAAUUUUCACUUGGGCCGCGCACUUUUGAAAGCGCGUCAGAUACCCGAAGCCACAAAGUAUCUGCGAACUGCCGUGGGACACAAACCAUUGUUCAAGAAUGCGCGAAUGCUUUUGGGCUUAGCACUGCUCUCAUCCGAAUCGCCGACAGAGGACAUUUUGCUCGAGGGGAUAGAGUAUCUUCAAGAGGCUGUACGAGAACACUCUGCCCUGCUGUGGCAAGAUGUCAAGGACCGCAAUCUCAAGCGUGCAUCACAGAUACCCUCCCAGAUGCUGGUAGAUUCUUUUAUGGAGCUGACAAACCCUUUUCUUCCUUCGGCCUAUGUGGCACUCGCCAGCGGCUACAGCAUGCAAGGCCUUCCUCAGCAAGCUGCAGAAGUCUUGACGGAUCUUAUUUAUCUCAUCCCAGACACUCUCCGUCGUUUAUCUCGUCGGAGUGCAACAGCCGCAAGGCUCGCGUUUAUAAUGUCUGAAGCACAACGAGACCUCAUUAAAGUUCUCCCGCAUUGCUCCGGACCAGUGCCAAAAUUGAGGGCAGAGAUUAUCAGCGGAUCGUUGCUGGAUGUAGCGAGAAGAUAUAUGUCGCUGUAUGCCAAUGUCGAAGGCAUUGAGGGUCUCAAAUGUGACACCAUGGAAAGCAUUGUGCAAACGCUGGUUGCCGUUCAUCCGAGGAAAGCAAAAUUCCUAACAGCUCUGGGGUUCGCACAAUUGGAUCAGUAUGACAAGAAUCCAAUUUAUGACCGAAGUCCGGCCAAGUUGGGCGAAGCGGAACAAUCCUUCUUGGCCGCGAUAGAGGCAGAAGGAGGGCAUGACCCAUCACAAGAUGCCCGCCUUCCCCCAGGAUUAGUGAGUAGUCAAAAGUGGUGGAUAGCCUAUCAACAAGAGAUGACAUCAAUGCAAUGGAAAAUAUCUUCCCAUGACGCGAGCAAGGUAGCGCACCAGCCAGUUGCUGGCAAAGCACCAGCUGCAGGGAAAACCACACCGCUUCGCUCAAAAGAUGCAAAAAUUGCCAAUCCCAAAGUGCCGGCUCCAGUAAGCAAGGCAAAGAUUGAAACUGCUGGCGGAAAUAAGAAACCUACACCGUUAGCAAAGGGAAGAGGUGUCGCUAUCAGUAGUAAACCAGCCCGAUAG